AUCAGUUAUAUUAAUAUCGACCUGUGCAACUGUGCAAUCACUUCCCCAAGCUCAACCAACCACACACUCUGCCGGCCUUAGGCAAUCUGACAUCCGGAGGCAGCGUCACUGGGCAUUCAGAACUUUUUGAACUGCUUCAUGAGAAUCCAUAAUGACGGCGUUAGGAGCUUCUCCCUCAAGCUCUCCGCGUCUGCCCAGUCCACCUCCCUUCACCGAAGUGCAGAUUGGUCCAAAAUCUCCCACCGUGAGCGAUAGUCCCCUUGCGGCAUCGCCUGCGCAAGAUGACGCUUCUACGCGGCGAAUUCGCCCGGGCACCAAGGCCGUAGAUAUGGCCUCCGGGCCACCGCUGGUUCCGCUCUCACAACUCGACUCUCCUUUCCAACUCCAAGAACACCUCAAAGCUUCCUACCAAGACUACACUCGUCCACCCGGUUCCUCGACCGUGAUCCCGAUUAACCGCGCAACGGCAGAGCAGCUCGCCGAACCUCCAGAGGGCGUCGAACGUUCUCUUUGGCUUUACGAACUAUGCCGUUUCCUCACUAUGAAGGCGAAUAAUAUCGUCAUUGCCUUCUUCGCUGAAACUCCUCCCUGCUCGGUACAAACGUGUCCUGAAAUGCGCGCCUCUGAAUGGCAGUACCUCUGCGCAGUACAUGAUCCGCCUAAAGCGUGCUGCGCGAUUGACUAUUGCUGUCAUACACUCGACUGGGCGACAAACAUUCUCACAUCGCCCAAAUUCUUCCCGAGCAGAUUGACCCUAGGGAGUGAGGCAGGAGGCGGCCCUCAGGCGAGCAUGAGACAUUUGACGAACAUCUUUCGGAGGGUAUAUCGAAUUUUCGCACACGCCUGGUUCCAGCAUCGAGAGGUCUUUUGGCAAGUGGAGGGCCACGAUGGACUCCAUGUCUUUUUCAAAACCGUCUGCGACAUGUACAAUUUGCUCCCGGAGGAUAACUAUACUAUUCCUGCUGAAGCAGAAGGGGAAGAACCGCGAACGAGCAAGCCGGAUGAAGCGGGCCGAAAAAUGACAAUACUACGCAAAGAGGAUAAACGCCAGCCUGAGUUAAGUUUAGAUUCCGCUUCCUCCUUGGGAACUGGAGCAACGACAAGACGACAUCGUCAUUCGCCAUCAACGGGUGCUGCUGUCAGCACGAUCGCAGAGGCUGCUGAAGACGAAGAUGGUUCUAAGACCACGGGGGAUACCUCUGCUCUUGAGCCUAUGGAAGAGACGGAGGAAGAGACAGAUGUCGAACAACUCGACAAUCUACAGAAUGAUACCCCGUCGACACCAUCUGAACAAUCUUCCGAAGCUGUCGCGACACCAGGGGAGGAUGGGAUAACAUCAUUGCCAGAGAAGCUAGGACAGGAAGAGCAAACUGAGAUGACCGAUACAUCCAAUAAACUCUCGCAACCCGGGGUCAAUGCGGACACUGAGCCUACGGAGAAUGGAACCUUACAUGAACAGCCCAAUGGGCCCGCACAAGGAGAAAUACAGGCGCAAGAAGAGAACGAGGAACAAACCCAGGCCCCAGUGGCAGAACCACUGAAGGAAUCUGAACCGGAUUCGAAGCCCGAAAGCUCCCCCGAAAGGCCCUCUGACGACCUACCAGCCGAAGCUGCAACAAAAGAUCAACCAUCUCCAGAUUCCAACACAGAAAAUACCACUCAGGAUCAACCAGAAGAAAAGAAUAAUACUUCCGCAGAAACAGAACCAGAGCCAGAAUCUCAUUCUGCAGAUGAACCGCGACCUCCUCCUGAAAAGACCGAGGAGGUUGGGCAAGUUCAAAAUGCCUAACAUGCACAUACGAUGGCGCCCAGAACGGUGUUGGAAAUAAGACUGCUAUAAUACCGUUAUGAUGAAUCGGUCAACUGGGUUGCGCUUAUUUUCGAAGUUCAAAAUAAUUUUAUGUACCUUCUUAGUCCU